AUGCAGUCCCUCGCCCGCCCCAUGCUCCGCUCGCCGGCCCUCCGCCUGGCCGCCCGCCGCUUUGAGAGCUCCGCCGCAUCCAAGGCCACCGAGGCUGCCAAAGACACCGCUGCGAAGGCGAAGGAGGGUCUUUCACGCGUCACCACUGCCGCCGGCCCUGCUAUUGCUGGUGCAGCAAAGGGCCUGUCUAGUGCUCUGAGUGCUCUGGCUAAGAUUGGCGGACCAACGGGCAAGAUCAUCGGCUUUGUUGAGCGACAAGUUCCCUUUGUCGUUUACUACUCCAAGGUUACCCUUGAGGUGGGCAAGAUUGUCUUCCACGCCCAGAAGAUGAGCCCUCCCUCUGCGGCCACCUUCCAGACCUACUACCAAAACCUCCUCCAGUCCGUCCAGAACCGGUCUAUCCUCCAGUCCUCACAGAACCUCAUCCAGCAGGCCCGGAAUAUCGGCACUCCCCAGCUCGCCGCUGGUGGUGUCGUUCUUGCCGAGCUCCUUGGUUUCUUCACUGUUGGGGAGAUUAUUGGCCGAUUUAAGCUGGUUGGCUACCGCGGUGAGACUGGCUCGCACCACUAA